AUGUGGAAGCCGCCUGUCAACUUCCUCACGCUGCAUUACACAUAUAUCAUCACCUGUUCUCUCAUAGGAUUCAUUCUGAUCGUCGGAGCCGGCAAUGUCCCAGCUAUCGACGCUUUUUUCUUCGGCGCGAGUGGUAGCACCGAGUCUGGUCUUAAUACCGUUGAUGUCAAGGAUAUCAAGCUGUACCAGCAGAUCGUCAUCUAUAUCAUACCAUGCAUCACGAAUAUGGCGUGUAUCAACAUAAUCGUUGUCGUCGUACGGCUAUACUGUUUCGAGAAGCAUUUCAAGGCAAAUCCCCAGUUACUCCCCGUGAGAGCAUACCGCGGUGGUUCGAUUACUGCACAGCCAGAUCUAGAAGCAGAAGCUGUCAGACGUCCGGUCGCUGAUGGUGAAGACGACGAUCCAACCACCCAAGAUCUCCAGAGGCAGACUACCAUUCGUUUUCAGGACGAGUCAGCGAGACCAAACACCGACAAGGCGCUUUAUAUUCCUCCGCCCCAUCUCAGAGACAGAGGCCAUCCGCUGGUUGAAGUCAACCGGCAAUCAACUCUGACCAGCUUGACCGAGAGAGAGAGCAGGAUGGGACUCGCCACCUCAAGGGCGCCCGCUCCAGACCGCAAGAGAGGGCGAUCGUUAGAGCGAAUUGCUUCUUCGGCAUUCUCGAUUGGACCUACACAACGAGCUCGACGUCGGAGAAGCACGUCGAGGCACAGAACUCUGCCGAAGGACAUGCCCAAGCUCUCUGAACAGGUAACCAUUGGACGGAACUCGCACUUCAACAAUAUGUCUACUGAGGACAGAGAGAUCUUGGGAGGCGUCGAAUAUGUCGCUCUCAAGCUACUGCUGAAGUUAAUUGUUGCCUACUCCUUCGGCCUCCAUCUUCUUGGUCUUAUCUGCCUGCUUCCCUGGAUCCACAAUGCCCCUGCUCAGUACCAAGAUUAUGUAGCCGAGACUGGAGUGUCGAAGACUUGGUGGGCAUUUUACUCAGCACAGACGAUGGCCAACAACCUUGGGUUCACACUCACACCAGACUCGAUGGUGUCGUUCCGAGACGCCACCUGGCCUAUGCUGAUCAUGACAUUCCUGGCAUUCGCCGGCAACACCUGCUACCCGAUCUUCCUCCGCUUCAGCAUCUGGUUCUUCUACAACACUAUUCCCAUGAACAGCAAACUCCGUCAGCCGCUCAACUUCCUCCUCGAACACCCUCGCCGGUGUUACACGCUCCUCUUCCCGAGCAAACCAACCUGGGUCCUCUUUGGGAUCCUCAUCGCCCUCAACACCCUCGACGUCAUCCUUAUCAUCACUCUCGACCUCGACAACGCCGAAGUCACACGCGGACUGCCCAUGGGCCCACGUAUACUUGCCGCCCUCUUCCAAGCCGCUUCCUCCAGGCACACGGGCACCUCGACCUUCAACCUUGCCGAAGUCAAUCCGGCCGUCAAAGUCUCGCUCCUUGUCAUGAUGUACAUCGCCGUUUUCCCCAUCGCCAUGUCCAUCCGGAGCUCCAACACCUACGAGGAGCGCUCCCUGGGUAUCUAUGCCGACGUCAAUAGCCAGGACCUCGACGAGCAGAACACCCAGUCCUAUCUACUAACACACCUGCAGAAUCAACUGUCGUUUGAUCUGUGGUAUAUCUUCUGCGGCAUCUUCUGCAUCUGCGUCGCCGAAGCGGGACGUCUCUCUGACGAUAAUGACCCAGGCUUUAACGUCUUUGGCAUCUUUUUCGAGGUCGUAUCCGCGUAUGGCAACGUAGGGCUGAGUCUGGGACACCCGAGCGUCAAUACCAGUUUAAGUGGUCAGUUCAGAAUAUUCAGCAAGGUGGUUAUCUGCGCCAUGAUGAUCCGUGGGCGGCAUCGCAUGCUACCCUACAGCUUGGACCGGGCUAUUAUGCUGCCUGAUGAGCGACUGGCGCUGGGCGGGGAUGCUGUUAAGGAGAAGGUGGAGGAUGAGCUGGCGUUCAUGAAGCCAGCGUUACGGAAAUAUGUGGAUAAGGAGAAGGAGGAAAGGGCGGAGGAUGGGGUGAAGUUGAAGCGGCACAUGACGCACUAG